AAAACAUUGCACUAUCUUUGCCUUCCAGAGCGGUGUCAGCAACCCCCAGUCUCCAUUUGCUCAGAUGCCAGGUUCACCAGUAAUGACAGGUUACUAUGGGGUCAGAAGAUCGUUCCUCUCAGACUCAGACCUCCACAACGCUAAACAGUUCGCGAGCGACGUCGGCACCUCGGGCCCCGCGGCCAAGCCCUUUGCCUGCGAGGCCCCCGCAGGGCAGAGCCACCCGGGCCUCCUGGAUUCCUACUUCCCGGAGCCCUACGGAGACCACCGGCCCCCGGGCCUGACCCCCGGCACCGGCUCUCUGUUCAGCGCCUCACCCCUGCCGCCGCUCCUGCCACCUUUCCCUGGGGACCCCACGACGCACUUCGUGCUUAGGGACUCGUGGGAGCAAACGGCGCCCGACUGUCUCAGCCAGGCCGACCCCGUGCCCACCGACACCCUGCAGACCCUGCCACCCAGCGCAGGUUGCCUCUCCCAGCCGGAGUCAGGGAGCACCACCCCUCACAGGAGCUCGAGCUGGGGGGGCCCCCUGGCUGGGGCUCUGUCCUACUCACUGCAUGCACUGGAGGAUCUGUACCAUGUGCCGGGGUACCCCAUGCCACCCCCCCAUCCCUUCACCCCUUUCAUGACGAUGUCCAAUGACCUACCACACAAGGUGGUGCCCCUCUCCCCAGAUGAGGGGGCAGACACCGCUGGCCUUCAGGACCCUUCUUCAUGGACCAAAGAAGACGGGAGCAUGGCGUGGGGGUCAUAUGAAUGCCGCAGAGCUUACUGAGGGGCACACCACCGGACUCCUGCCGUGCUUUUCUUUGAGCUGGGUUCGGUAUUUGACAGAUUGUUUUCAGGGUGUUUCCAGCUCAUUCGGACCUGGAUUUUCAGAACAUGCCAUCGCGCCACCCUUUCUAAAUGGACCGUGCAUUUACUUGUAAUCCUCCCUCCCACAACCCCACUGAAAUACACGUGAUGUUAAUUCAGGAUAUCAGGGACUGUAUUCUAGUGAGACACUAGAGACUCAUGUGUUGUUGGAACUUUAGUAACGCAUUACAUUUCUGAA